GUAAUUAGAGAUCAUAAAAUCCGUGACAGAUUAAUGUCAAAAAAUAUUUUUCCCAAAGACACAGAAUUGAUAAAAUAAUAAUUGGUUAGACCUUACCCUUUAAUUAUAUUAUUACAAUUUCUAACCGAGGUUAUAGCCAAAUAAGUAAUUUGAGAAUAACAGACGAACUACAUAUUUUAUAUUUGAUAAAUAUUUAUUACAUUACUAAGAAAACAAACAGUUACCAGAAAUGGCGCUCUCAUUGCGAAGGAGUGAGCAAAUGACACAGUGUGACCUUUUCAUACAGCCAGAGGCAGCGUUUGAAAUAUUAUCAGAGCUUGGUGAAAUGGGAUGUGUUCAGUUCUUAGACACUAAAGAAGAUUUGCAGAUUUUCCAGAGGAGUUAUGUGGCAGAAGUACGCCGUUUUGCUGAAAUGGAGAGAAAACUGCGGUACAUAGAAAUGGAAGUGUUUUCAGCAAACAUAACUAUACCGCCUGCAAAACAGGAUCCGCGAGCUUUGAAUCCAAACGAAACACUGGCUUUUGAAAACUUCCUGGAUAAAUGGGAAGAUGAUAUUGUGGAAAUGUCGAGCAAUGAAGCUAGUCUCAUGCAGAACUAUGCAGAACUGGUGGAAAUGGAAUAUGUGUUGGACACUAUCGGACCUUUGUUGGGUGAUGGUGAAGAGUCUAAGCUUGGAGAGGGCAAAUUCUCUAUGACCGCUCAGCAAUUACAAAGCGGUCACUUAUAUAUAUUCUCCGGAGUAGUGCGUCGUACUAGGAGCUUUCCAUUCGAAAUGAUGCUUUGGAGGAUCUCAAGAGGCAACCUCUAUUAUAAGCAAGCGAGCGAAGACAAAGUCGUGUAUAAUCCACAAACGGAUCAAGAUGUUCGUAGGGUAGCGUUCUUAGCAAUCUGCCAAGGUGAAGAACUAAGUGCACGAGCUGAAAAAGUUUGUACUGGAUUUCGGGUCAAAUUGUACCCUAUUCCGAAAAGUAGCGCGGAGCGCAAUGAACUUAGCUGUAAAAUAAGCACUACAAUCAGUGAUUUGGAACAAGUUGUGAAAAAAACCAAAUACCAUAGAUGCAAAGCUCUGCGCGUGGUAUCUAGGCAGUGGUCCGAUUGGUCAAUUCAAGUGAGAAAAGCAUCGGCCAUUUAUCACAAUUUGAAUCGUUUCAAUUUCGAUGUUACGAAGAACUGUCUAAUUGGCCGGUGCUGGGUCCCUGAAAGGGAUUUGAAUCGAGUACAAAACUGUUUAGAAAGCAAAUCGAAAGAAGUUUGCAGUAACGUACAAUCCUUUAUGACUAAGAGAGUAACGGAUGAUAAGCCACCAACUUACUUCAGAACGAACAAAUUCACGGCAGGGUUUCAACAUCUGAUUAACGCCUACGGUGCGGCAUCAUACAGAGAGUUAAAUCCAGGUCUAUACACGAUUAUAACAUUUCCCUUUUUGUUUGCCAUGAUGUUUGGUGACGUUGGACAUGGUAUGAUAUUAGUAAUAUUUGGGUAUUGGAUGAUAAGAGGCGAAAAAAAAUUUUUGGACCAAAAGUCAACAAAUGAAAUAUGGAACAUAAUGUUCGGUGGUCGUUAUGUCAUUCUACUUUUAGGAUUGUUUUCUCUAUACACUGGUUUCCUUUAUAACGACGUAUUUAGCAGGUCCAUGAACUUAUCUAGUUCUUGGCUGACGUUAGUAAUGACAAACAAAAUGUCGGACACUGAUUUAAUGUCCAAAGAAACUAUAGAAAUAAAUCCUGCUAAAAAUCAACCAUAUGCAUGGGGCUUGGAUCCCAUUUGGGUGCUGUCUACUAAUAAAGUAAUGGUGGAAAAUUCAAUAAAAAUGAAAUUAUCUAUCAUUCUGGGCAUAAUACACAUGGAGUUUGGCGUUAUACUGAGUCUUUUCAACCACAUAUACUUCAAGAAAUUUUAUUUGAUAUAUCUCCAAUUUAUACCGGAAUUGUUAUUAAUGACUUGUUUAUUUGCUUGGUUGGUAAUUUUGAUUUAUUUGAAGUGGUUCUUUUACAUGGAAAGUUCAGAACGUUUUCAUGGUGGCUGCGCACCCCAGAUUCUUAUAAUUUUUAUCGAUAUGUUUCUCAUGGUUGAAACAAAACCCGUGGGUGAAGGUUGUGAUGCUUACUUGUUUGAGGGACAGAGAAUGGUGCAGAUGGCGUUAGUGUUCAUUGCCCUUAUAUGCAUGCCCGUUUUAUUAUUUGGGACGCCACUAUAUUUGAUGAAUUAUCACAGUAAGAGAAGGAAGGCGCUAACGAAUAGAAUAGGCACUUUCAGAAGAUAUCAGCGGGGCGACGUAGACAAAGAGGAGCAGACGUUGCAAGCGGAAGUGAACAAGCACACAGUCUCGUUUGGUGAACUAAUGAUCCACCAAGCUAUCCAUACGAUAGAGUAUGUCUUGAGUACUGUAUCGCACACGGCUUCGUACCUUCGGCUUUGGGCAUUAUCCUUGGCGCAUGCUGCCCUCUCUGAAAUGUUAUGGGACAUGGUCUUAGAGAAAAUUGCCAUUAAAGACCACAGCAUAGUGGGAGCAAUCAAACUAGUCGUGAUAUUUGCUAUCUGGGCAUUCUUCACUAUUUGCAUCCUUGUGAUAAUGGAAGGACUAUCUGCAUUUCUGCAUACGCUGAGGUUGCAUUGGGUGGAAUUUAUGACAAAAUUUUUCGAAGGUGCUGGGUGGCUAUUUCAACCAUUUAGUUUCAAAACCAUAUUGGCUGAAGAACCUACUUCUAGGCCCGUGGUAGAUACGAGAAAACACAGAUCAGAAAAAAACUGAGGUCACAUCUAAUCAUGUUUCUUUAAUUUGUUUAUUAUUAUGAAACCUUAAAUAAAUAAGUACUUGUAAACUAGAUAAAUGUAUUUUUAUACUUUGUUUUUGCGUCUACUCUGGAUAUUAUUACAAUACCACAUUAGUCGGUACAAAAUUAAAAUAUUUUUAGUCGUUGUUAUAAAUUGUAUAAAGUCAGUGUGGAUGACUAGCCUAUUGUAAAUAUACC